CGUAGACAGCUCAUGGAACAUGGGUUUGAAAUUUCAAGGAGAAUAAAUAAUUUAUUUUUCAAUUUUCGUCGCCUAUAACGCUAAAACAUAUUUUUAUAAAAUAUUCUGUUAGCGCUGAAAAGAAAAUCUUAGUUCAUCUUUAAAAUGUUUUGCUUGAUCACCUAAAGUGUAUACGUAUCCUAUAAAGUAAACAAAACAUUGUUAGUUUUUAUUGCUAGGCGCUGGCCGUUGUUGGAAGCGUAUGUUACAAAGCUGUGCCCGCAAUUGGUUGUUGAGUGUUUAAAUAUUAUGGCAUAAGAACAAGUUGUGAAAAAUAAACCAUAAAAAUGAAGGGGACACUCAAAGUACUGAUGUGGAAACACCUGGUGGUGAGACUGAAGAGAUUUAUCCACACGCCAGUUGAAAUAUUAUCGCCUGUGCUAUUCUUCGUUGUUCUUUUUACACUCAAACCUUAUAUCUAUCCAAUUCCGAAAUCACAUCAUUUCGACAAGUUUAAUGUUCAGAACACUGAACCUCUGAGUUUGGCCAACAGACCAGGUCCCACUAAAGUUUUCUACACACCUGACACUGAUUUGACUAGAAUGCUGAUGGAAAAAGUUGGACGGCAACUGUCCUUACAGAAUUUUGCUGAAGAUGCCAAACGCAAUCAUAAAUACUAUAAAGUGUUUACAAAUGAAUCAGAGAUCCCUGCACUGGCUGAGAGUAUUCAAAAUAGGGACACUGCUGCCAUCGUUAUAUUUCCGGAUAUGCAUACAACCUGGCCAAAGAAGCUGCAGUACACGAUACGCAUGAAAAAAGACUUCAACACGGAGACUUAUGAAUCGGUCAGUCAAGUUUUGAUGCCGAUAGACAUGUUUGGUACAAUGUAUGAGGAGUUCAUGAAACUGCAAUGGGCUAUCGAUUCAAGUUACAUAGAACUGGUUGCGGGUCAAGCAGUACCUCAGAAAGUGAUGAUUCAAGAUUUCCCAUUCGUGCGCACGUCGCAGAACGAUGUGAUAAUGUACGUGUGCCUCACGCUGCCGCAUCUGUGCUGGCUGUCCCUGAUGCUGGUGUUCGUGUUCCUCAUGGCGAGGCUGCUAGAAGAACGGAUGAACGGGAUACAGGAGUUGAUAAGAAUGGUGGGCGUUUCGCACAACAUGCUCAACAUAUCGCACUUCCUGAACGUGCUCCCAGCCGGUAUCGCGUACAGCGUGAUCGGCACCGUGCUGCUGACGGCCACCGAACACCCCUACGUGCCGCACUCCAGCCCGGGGAUGAUAUUCACCAUGCUGAUCCUGCAUUUCACCAGCGUGGUGUCGAUCGCUUACGCUGGCAGCUACCUUGUUAAAAGCACCCAAUACACAGUCACUAUAGCAGUGACGCUGUACCUGAUUUCCAAUAUACCCAGUAUGACGGUGGCGAAUCACAAGGUACCGAAGUGGGCAAUACCGCUCUGCGGCCUCCUGCCCCACGAGCCUAUGCGUUGGUUCUGGAGCGAGCUGUCGAUUUUAGAACAGUACGGUAGUGGAGUAACAAUGGAGACCAUCGCGAACGUCCGCAGUGAGAACAGCGGGUCGGUGCUGCUCUGCUACAUAAUGAUGGCGGUGCAGUGUGCCAUAUUCUUCAGCCUCGCCUGGUACCUCGCGCGGGUGAACCCCGGCCCCUAUGGCACCGCUCUGCCCUGGAACUUCCUGUGUCAGCAUUGGUUGCAGAGGAAAUACUGGAGCCCCUCGAGGGUGCAGCCGGACGAGAAGGCCGAAGAGUUGGAGGAGGUGAACGUCAACGACGCGCAGUACUUCGAGCCCGCGCCCAAGAACGCGGAAGUCGGCAUCAAGAUCGAGAAUGUGUCUAAGGUAUUUGGUAAACAACGUGCACUGGACAACGUGUCCCUGGAAGUCUAUAAAGGCGAGAUAACAGUGUUGUUGGGGCACAAUGGAGCUGGGAAGACCACGCUUAUGUCUAUUAUCACGGGAAUGUUUGGCGCCAGCGAGGGCAACGUGUACGUAGAAGGCAUGGACACGAUAAGUCAGAAGGACGAAAUGCGAAAACUGCUGGGCCUGUGUCCGCAGCAUAACCUCUUCUUCCCCGACCUCACAGUACUGCAACAUGUCAUGUUCUUCAGCAUGCUUAAAGGUACUUCUUACUCCGAAGCUAAGAAAUCUUCUAUAAUGCUCCUUGAACGGCUUGGCCUUGGCGAAAAACUGUCGUACAACAGUGGCCAACUGUCUGGUGGCAUGAAACGACGUCUGCAGCUGGCCUGCGCUCUGGCGGGAGAUGCCAAAGUGUUGGUGCUUGACGAGCCCACUUCAGGCUUGGACGUGGAAACUAGACGAGAACUGUGGGAUCUUUUGCUGUCGCUGCGCGGCUCUCGCACGGUGCUGAUCAGCACACACUUCAUGGAGGAGGCGGAGGCGCUUGGCGACCGCGUGGCGGCGCUCCACGGAGGCCGCCUGCGCUGCCACGCCACCACCAUGCACCUCAAGCGAGCACUCGGCGCGGGCUAUCGCCUCUCUUUCACAACGAUCGGCUUGCCCAACGAGCCAGCGAUUACUGCGGCCAUCACAGCCCAAGUGCCCGACGCCACCGUCAAAGAAACCUCCCUCAACUCAAUCUCUUACAAUCUCCCCUCCAAGAGCAGUGACAAAUUCCCCAAACUCUUCAAUCUUCUGGAGCUCCAGAGAUCCGAGCUCGGCAUAGACUCUAUCGGAGUUGGGAUAUCAACUUUGGAAGAGGUGUUUUUGAAGCUAUGUAGUGACGUCACCACAACGUUUUCCGAUGACGUCGUCGAUGGGGAAACUGCCGAGCCAACAUUCGCAAAGUUGUCCGGCAUUCCUCUGCACGCUCAUCAGAUGUUGCAGCUUAUUAUGAGACAGUUUAAAUUUUGUUGGUCGAAAAAAAUAUCAUUCCUUGUAUUGCAAGUGAUAUUACCGAUCGUAUUGAUCUGCAUGAUAACAUUCCUGGCCAACGGGGUCGACCUGUCUAUGGGCGAACGUAACACGAAGCUCGCUAUGAACCUGGACGUAUACGACAUGGCGGACCGCAGGGUCUUGUACAGUUACAAUGCCACCGGUGAAAAACAGCGGUACGUCGGCAGCAAAUACCGCUUUGUUGACUUCCAAAGUGUGCCCAAUGUUGCAGAAGCAAUACUCGAGAUCGGCCGCAAAAGUGUAUUGGACUACCAACACUAUUUGAUUGGAUACGAGAUCAACGACACCGAUGCAAAGGCGCUGUAUACUACGUUGUUCCGCCACGCGGCGCCCGUGUCGCUGAACUGGCUGUCGAACAUGCUCGCCGCCGCGAUGAUACCUAACGCUGUUGAGGAUACCAUCACCACCAUUAACCAUCCGCUGAGAGACGAUCGCUACUACCGUUACACUCGACCGGACUACGUCGCCCCGAAGGACAUCCCGUAUUGUGUGGCCUGGAUACUCGGCAUCGUUUUCAUACUCUUAUGCACGAUAGCAAACGGCGUCAGCCUUCCGUGCCUGGAGCGUAUCUCGGGCUCGCGGCACAUACACAUCAUGGCGGGGUGCCCGCCCGCGCUACACUGGGCCGCGACGUUGUGCGCGCAAUUCCUCAUAUACACAGCCGUGCUAGUGCUGCCAAUCAUCGUGACCGCGGCCGCGGUGGAGACAGACAACACUAUUAACCAACCGGACUUUCUUGGUGUCUUGGCAUUGAUUCUGAUCCUCGGAUGCCUGGCUUUCCUAUCGUUCAUGUACCUGGUGAGCUGUCUCUUUGCGGAGCGCGGCGCAACCAUAAUCUUAGUCGCUUGCAUCGUCCUGUUCAGUAUCCUAACGCCUUCAAUAUCGAUAGGGACGGAUUUGUUCGACAGCGGGGCUAAAGGUUUCGGGCACUACCUCAUUGUGCUGAUCAGCUACGUCAUGCCGCCGCACACGUUCACCAUUGCUAUCGCAGAGAGCGUUCGUAGCGCACAGUUGAACGCGCAUUGCGUUCUGAACAUUAACUUAUGCCCGAACCUACCUCCUAUGUAUGGUUUUGACCUUGAAAAGUGUUGCGUGGAAAAAGUAAAACCGAACUGUUACUUCUGUUUCGGGGAGUUCUCACCUGGGAAAAACAUACUCAUCCUUCUGUUUCAAUUUUUUGUUUAUAUGGCGAUAGUGGUGCUGACGGAGUACGGCGUGUUCAACAGCCUAUUCGACCGGCUGUUCAACGCGCGCUACCAGCCCGCCAGCCCUGCUGGCGUUCACGAGAUGGUCCGCGCUGAGAAGACCUACGUCGACAAGGCUAUAACACUACCAAAGAGUCAGAUCCCGGACGCGAUGCUAGUAAGCGACGUUCAUAAGAACUACUGGCGUAUCUUCGGCAAGUCAUGCAACGCCGUACGGGGUGUGGAUUUCUCUGUGAAAAAGGGCGAAUGCUUCGGUCUGCUGGGGGUGAACGGCGCGGGCAAGUCCAGCACCUUCAAGAUGCUGACGGGUGUGGAGUGCACCACCCGCGGCGCUAUCUUCGCAAACGGGAACUUCAUGAGCAGGACUUCCGGCAAGUAUCUACAGUCGCUGGGCUACUGCCCGCAGUUCUUCGGCCUGGACGAGUUCCUGAGCGGACACGACAACCUCACGUUGUUGCUAACACUGCGUGGACUCGCGCCAGACGAUGUGGAGGCCGAGGCCAAAACGUGGAUAGAGAUCGUGGGGCUGGAGAAGUACGCCCGCGCGCCGGUGUCGGGCUACUCGGGCGGUUGCUCGCGCCGGCUGGCGGCGGCCGCGGCUCUGUGCUGUGGCAGCGCGGUCACACUGCUAGACGAGCCCACUGCCGGUGUGGACGUGGCCGCGCGCCGACGCGUGUGGGCGGCCGUCCGACGCGCCGCCAAGAGCCGCGCGCUCGUCAUCACCUCGCACAGCAUGGACGAGAUGGAGGCGUUGUGCGGGCGCAUUGCGAUCAUGUCGUGCGGGCGAGUCGUGGCGCUCGGUGAGGCGGCGGCUUUGCGCGCGGCACACGCCGCCGGCCACGCCGUACUGCUGAAGCUCACGGCACGAACUGACGCAACAGACGUAACGGAUAGCGCCAAACCGGAUGUGACGCGGCUAAAGGCGGCAUUGCACCAGAAGUUCAACUGCACCCUGCGCGACGAGCACACGACUAUGUUGCACUACCACAUUAACGAAACGAUGCGGUACAGCGAGCUGUUCACAGAACUGGAGCGCCUCCGGGCGGAGUUUCCGAACCUCCUGGAGGACUACUCAGUCACCGAGACCACGUUGGAGGAGGUGUUCCUCUCCUUCGCGAAGGAGGAGUCGCACGACGUACCCGCACCGGUAGCUGUUUGAGUGCCGUAAUAAGUGUUGUAAAACUGGGACUGGACGUCCAAGUAAAUAGGAAGGUUCACUUUGUGCCGGAAAAUAUGAACGAGUCCGGAAAUAUAAAAACAACAUGUCGUCUGCAAUUGUUUUUGGUGACCCGCAAUUUCCGGACUGCAUGAUUGCUUAUACAGUGCUUUUCAAUUAAACUUAACGCAGACUGUCUAAAGACCUGCUUGCGGCUUGGAAGCCGUACUAAAUCUUCAUCGCCUAGCUUUAGUUUCUGGUACAAACAGCUCUUUUGGCAUACGUGUAUAUUUAUAUGCAUUUUGAUACAUAUUAUAAUAUUUUGUAAUGUGUACUAUUUAUUUCUUUAAAAUUCAAACUCAUUUAUUUUUUCAAAACAUGGGAAAGUUUAGCCACAAUCUGUGAUAAGCAAAUCUUAAGUUAUAUCCAUUUACAUGUUUGCCAUUAUAUUUAUAUAUUAUAAGCGUUACGUAAACUGUAUUUAAAUGUAAGUACUUUAAUAUCCACGCUGAUUAUUUAUUUGAGGCGACUAUGUGGCGAAACUCUUAAGUCCGGUCUUGUACUACAUUUAUUGCAUUCCACUGUGGCACCAAAAGUUGAGAAGAUCUCUUUCGCACAACAUACGGGCGGAAUGAGAUGGCACGACAUCCGCCGCCUUUACAGAGCUUUUCUUUAUUGGCGCGGAUUAUAAAAUACAAUUUCUACCGUGAUGUAUUAAGCCAAUUGAUACACAGCAUUUUUUUCCUUUUAUAUUGUUAAAAAAAAUCUGCAUAAGACUUAUCCACGGGAAACACUUUGAGAUAGUUGGCAUCCAGCUCCACCUCUCAGAUUGCUUUAGUAUUAUUAUAUUAUUAGUCACGUAUUGUUUAGUAUAUAAUAUAUAAUUCCAUGGAUACUAAAAAGCAUCUGAUUUACUUAAACUUAAGUUUGCUAUAGAAAUAAGAGUUGGGUAAUAUAAUAUUUUUGAUGUCGUAUUGUGUAAAAAUUGCUUAUUGAUUAACGUCCAAAAUUUAAUAAUAAAUCUAAUCCAAUAUCUACAGAUAGAAGAUUAAGACUUAAGAAGUGCUAUCCUUUUACUAUUCUCUGUUGAUAAGAAGAGCAUUAUUAAACACUAUUGUAUGUCCAUUGUAUUGUAUCCCUACUUCCCUAUCCCUAUCCCUAUCCCUACUAAUAUUAUAAAUGUCAAUGUAAGUUUGUUUGUUACGCUUUCACGCAAAGACUACUUAACCGAUCC